AUGCGGCUAUGGAGAAACUACGGCUACACUGUAUGGGAUGAUCAGUAUGCAGAAACUCUUUCCUUAUGGAAGUAUGACCCAGCCCUCGAUGAACCAAAGAUGAGUCAAGCAUGGAAGAACUAUUCUGGCUUGUAUGGAGCUGAGGAGGACCAUUCCGCGCGACUGGAAGUGCGUCCUCAAGCAGAAGAGGAACAAGACCAAGCAGCACAGAUUUGGGUUUCUGAUGUUGAGCGGUACAAUUUAGUGGCCUUGACGAUGGAGGAACUGCCUUUUGGGCCGCCCGAUGCUGACGAACAAUCUUGUGAAACAAUCACAGUACUGUCUUAUCUCCGCGGGAAUGCUGACUUGGCGCAACAUCGUCCAUCAUCAAUUCGCAUUCUGUCAAGUAUCAUGAGAAGGCAUCAUCAAAGCCUAUUUGAUCAAGCUUCGGCAACUGCAUCAGAUAGGGAAUUCUGGAACACCCUUUUCAUUGGGCUGGACCGGUCAUGGAACAUUUCAGAGGCGGGAAUGCUGGAACAGCGCUUUGGAUGGGUUUUGGAAUACAUCCAAGAGGGAAAGCUUCCAUUGGAGGCACAAAUUGCCAGAGACAUCCUGCGAGAGGCCUUGAACCCGACUUUUCUGAGGGUAUUGUACCAGGUUCAAGAUAUGAUCCAGUCUUGGAAGAGCAAUAUGGGCAUUGACGGGUUCUGCAACACUUAUGGGCUUUUAAUUGCUCAGCUGUGGGAAGAAAUUGUUUAUUCUACAACAUUUCUAGAACCCCAAGACAAGCCCUCCCAAUUCAUGCCUAUAUCACCAAAACAGAUGUCACCAUCUCUAAUGGUGCUAGGCCCAGAAGGAACCCAGGCCUCAAUAGCAACGUUAGACUCAGAGUCAGACCCGCAAGCGUCAGCGACACCUGCAGAGCUAGCGGCUUUAGAAGAAAUAGAAGCAUCAGAAGAGCCUGAGCUAUAUCACUCAGUUCCACACACGGCAAGAAAAUCGAAUCAAGUGAAAUGGACGGAAGAACAGGUGACUUAUCUGCACACCCUUAUGGGCCUGGAUAUCACCUGGCCCGAAAGGGUUACCAGAUUCAAUCAAAAGUUUGAAGGUUCUCGAACAACGGGCAGCUUGAAAAAGAAGGUUAAGGCGAUGGUAGGGGAUUUUCCGUCUUACAAGCAAAACAGGCUGAAGCGUUGGACCCAAGAAGAAAAGGAGCACCUGCGCCAGCUCAUCGCGACUGAAGAGAGCUGGGAUGGUGUCAUUCAGAGAUUCAAAGAGAAGUUCGAGACCGACCGUAAUCAGAUGUCGAUGAGCUACAUAGCGAAGAUGUAUAAGUGGGAUACGACUAGGCUGAACACUGGUUACCCUUGGACAGAAGAGCAAGAUCAGUUUCUUGCUACGCUCAGAACCGAUGAGGCGGCUAGGAACAAUUGGCCUACUUUGUUCGAGAAGGAGUUUGCUGUCAGCCGAUCCCUCUUCGCGCUCGCCGCCAGACUCCGCAAACUAGGACUCGCCCAGAAAGUCGGUGAUAACCAUCAUUACACAAGAAAAGAAGAGGAGUAUAUGCGGAACCUUAUCAACCCUGGCCUUGAGACUAUUUCUACCACUGAAAUAUGCCAUCGCUUUUGGGAGAAGUUUGGGCAAGGUCACAGCCAGAGAUCUAUCCAGAACAAGACAAGGCGGUUGAUGAAUGCCCAGCAAAGAGAAGCUCCACCUAGAGUAAAUUGGCCAUGGUCAACAGCCGAAGAUGAUUUUCUGAGGACAUUAUCUGGCUCAAUGAAGGAGAAGACUGCUGCAAUGAAUAGAAAAUUUGAUAUUCAACGAACGGAAAUGGCUGUAGGCGAAAGGAGCCGGAGACUCAAACGAUGGCAAGACAAGAAGCGGGGGGGGGAUUGA